CGACUCAAACACUACAAAAGGAGCUGGUCGGCUGUUUCGGAUUAUCGUCUGCUGGAUAACCGAACUACUCGGUAGUGAAGCGGACGGAAAACCUAUCAAUCAAUCAAUCAUUUUUUUCGGACUGGACAUCAGGAAAAGGGUCAGUUUCGUUUCGAUACUCGAACUGUGAACACAAAAUGAUGGCGUUAAGGAAACUUUUAGCUGCUCUCAUUAUUGUAGUAGUAACAGCAAUUGCUCUGGCAGAAGAUGAAGGCAACAAACGAGGUGAUUUGCCGGAAGUGGAAAUUGAAGUGCUAGUUGCUCCAACAGAAGCAGACUGUACCCGGAAAUCCAAAGCCAAAGAUGUUCUGAAAGUUCACUAUGACGGAUUCUUACAGGACGGUACUCCAUUCGACUCCAGCCGUUCUAAUGGCGCCAACCCGAUGUUUGUCCAGCUUGGAAGUAAGACAAUCAUUAAGGGAUGGGAUAUAGGCCUCGUAGAUAUGUGUAUCGGAGAGAAACGCAGACUCACCGUCCCACCAAGGUUCGCAUACGGCUCACAGGCUCGAGGUGAUGUGCCUGCAAAGUCAACGGUGAUAUUCGAGGUGGAACUCUUUGACAUUAAAGGCGGGAUUGGUCUGUCUGACGCCUUCCGGAGACUUGAUCUAGACAUGGACGGCUUCAUUGACACAGUUGAGUUUGAGGAUCAACUGAAGGCUGCCGCUAAAACCAACGAGUUCCCCAUUCCACAGGACGACUUUAUGAUCGGAAAAAUUGUACAAAUGGCUUUCCAGGCAGGCGACAAAGAUCGCGAUGGACUUCUCAGCGAAAAAGAGCUUGGCAAGAUUCCUGGUAUUAAAAACAUUCUAGCAAAGAAAGAUGAGCUUUAAUCAUGAUCGGAAUAAUUACAGUUGGAGCAUCGCUAUUAUCUCAUAAGAUAUUUCGAAAAAUCCAAACCACGCAUAUCUUAAGAACUUAUAUCAGGAAUGAUCACUUAAGUUUAGUUAUCAUAGAACUGUUUAUUAAAUGUAUUAUGGAACUUUCUAGAUAUCUUGGUCAUUAACCAAGUCGUGUCCCGUAACGGAUUAAGCAGAAAUCGGGACAAAACAAGCCACACUAUCUUGUUUUCUGAAUAAUUAAAUAUUUGAAAUUCGUGAUAAGUUUAUUCAUUCGGAAGCGAAAAAUGGUUUGGAGUACUAGGAUUUAUUUCAUGUUAUUUGUGCGCUUGGUUUAAUGACGUCAUACAUUAUGUGACGGCUAAAGGAGGAUGUGCCACGCGUUUAAAAGUGUGUAGCGGUACGAUUUCUAUCACUAGAGGGCGGUGGUGAUGAUUUACCCAGAAUUCUGUGUGGCUUAAGAAUGUGUUGUUGCUGUAAAUGGAUGAAUGUGAUUGGAUGCUUGUAUAAAGAAGACACAGUUACUGUUAUUACGUACGCCUGUGUGUCAUAGAAUAUGUAAUACGCUCAAUUUGUAUUUAUUCAAGCUCACGUCAUUUAUUUAUAUAUCUACAAUUGAUUUGUUGAUUCAUUUCAUUUAUUUGUCAAAUACAGUGUUUAAUGCUGAUCACAAGAUUUUUCCCUCGAGCUAAGUAGGUGUUUUUUUUAUUGUACAAGGAUUCGCUUAUUUCUGUCUGACAUUUUUAGCGCACUCAAAUUGUAGAGCUUUUCGAAUUUCAAUACAUUAGCGCAUUGGUGAUUUUGCCCAACGCAACCACUAAAAUAUGAAAGUUGACAGUAUAUGAAGCUAGUAAUUGCAUUACUGGGAUAACUCAACCCGGCAUAGAUUCACUACAGCCGAUGAUUGCGCUUUCAAGUUGUACGAAUACAAUGUAUGUGUUCUGGCACGGAAAGCUAGGGUGUGCACGUAGGAGUGUGUAUGUAUAUGUGUGUGUGUGUGUUUGUGCGUGUAAUAGGGUGUGUAAAAUACAUGUAUGAAUGUGUUCAUGAAAAAGGUCAUAGAUAUAUCUAUAACUUAUUAUCUACAAUCUAUAUGAGUUACUGUAUGAUUCAUUUUAUUUGGUGUGAAUUUGAAAGAUGAAUUAAUGUGAGCCACAGACAACGGUUACCAUAGUCACGUGACAGUGUUUCCAUGGUCACGAAAAAUGGAUAGCAUAUACAUUCAAUUGUUGUAUUUGUUGUAAAAUGUUCCGAGAAUAAAUUAUUAUAAUAUUUAUACUAAAGC